GACACAGAUUAAACAAUGCCAUUAUAAAGGAGGCUGUCAAGCAGCACUCUACACUUUUACCUGAAGCCCACUUCACCUGGACACUAACUAUGGGGUGGACAGCUCUGUGGUUGUGUGUUCUCGCUCUGCCACUAACGAGCGCCAUCCAGGUGAAAGCCAAGAAAGCGCGCCAGUCCAACCAUGUGAACAGCAUCUGCAGCACCUGGGGCAGAGAGCACUUCAAGACCUUCGAUGGAGACGUGUACCAGUUCCCAGGGACGUGUGAAUACAACCUGGCCUCCGACUGCCACUCUGAGUCCUACCAGGAGUUCUCUGUGCACCUGAAGAGGAACGAGGCUACUGAGGCUGAGGGGAACCCUACGGUCAAACACGUAGUGGUCACUAUCAACGACCUUGUCUUCCACCUGACCAAGACUCAGGUCGCGGUCAACGGAGAAAUUGUAACUCUGCCGUACUACAAUGGAGGAGUCCAACUGGAGAGGAAUGCAGUUUACACCAAACUCUACUCCAAGGUUGGCCUGGUUGUCAUGUGGAAUGGAGAAGAUGCCGUCAUGGUGGAGCUGGACACGGAGUAUACCAACCGUACCUGUGGUCUCUGUGGAGACUUUAAUGGCCUUCCAGUCCACAAUGAGUUUAUUCAUAAUGGUCGUAAAGUGAGCCCCAUUGAGUUUGGAAACAGGCAGAAGGUCCACAGGCCCAACGAGGAUUGUGAAGACCCCUAUGAAGAGGAAGAGGAAGAUGAACCUGCAGACGUUCAGCCUAAAGAGGACACGUGCAAGGAGUUUCAUGCCCAGUGUGACCAGCUCCUACGCUCGCCGUUGUGGAGCUCCUGUGGUGCGGUUGUGAACCCUGAGCCCUACAUCCAGGCCUGUAUUCAGGACCUGUGUGGAUGCAGCAACACUUCUGACAGCUUCUGUGUCUGCAGCACCCUGGCAGAGUACUCCAGACAGUGCUCCCAUGCUGGGGGACAGCCACCCCACUGGAGAACAACAGCCUUCUGUGACAAGCAGUGUCCGUUCAACAUGGUGUAUCUGGAGAGUGGCUCUCCCUGCAUGGAUACCUGUACCCACUCAGACACCAGCUCACUGUGUGAAGAACACCUGAUGGACGGCUGCUUUUGCCCUCACGGGACUGUGUUUGAUGACAUCUCAAAGCGGGGGUGUAUCACUCAGGACCAGUGUCAGUGCAAACAUGACAAAGUUUACAACUCUGGAGAAGUAUUCAGACAGGACCGUGAGGAAUGUGUCUGUCACCAUGGUCAGUGGUCCUGUAAAAGUCUUCCCAGCCCUGCUACAUGUGCAGUUGAGGAGGGUUCACACGUGACGACCUUCGAUGGAAAAGCAUACACCUUCCAUGGGGACUGCUACUACCCCUUAGCCAAGGUGGAAAGCAAGGAUGAAGCCAGUCCAAAGUUCACUGUGCUGGUCCAGCUGGUUCCCUGUAUAAGACAGAAGUUUGACACUUGCCUCAAGAGUGUUGUGGUUUUGCUAAACAAUGAUAGAAACAACGCUUUGGUGAUUACCGCCGAUGGGAAAGUCAGCCACAAUGCACAGAUCACUCUGCCUUACAAUACAGCUGGCAUCAGUGUGUUCAAGCCGUCAUCCUUCCACAUAAUGCUCCAGACCAGCUUUGGGCUGCAGGUUCAGAUCCAGCUGGUCCCUAUCAUGCAGGUCUAUGUCACCCUGGAUGAGAGCUACAAGAGCAAGACACAAGGUCUGUGUGGGAACUUCAACAAGGUUCUGUCUGAUGACAUGAAGACCCCUCAGGGUAUGGUGGAGGGAACAGCCUCUUCAUUUGGGAACUCCUGGAAGGCUAAUCCUACCUGCAAAGACAGAGAGGAGAGGCUGGAUGACCCCUGCUCCCUCAGUGUGGAGAAUGAGAACUAUGCUAAACAUUGGUGCUCCAUGCUAAGAAGUUCUGACAGCACUUUUGCCAAGUGCCAUGCCAUGGUGGACCCCGAGCUUUACUACAAGCGAUGCACGUACGCUAGCUGCAACUGUGAGAAGAGUGAAGACUGCCUGUGUGCCGUCUUUUCGUCCUAUGUGCGAGACUGUGCUACCAAGGGAGUGGUCCUGUCGGGCUGGAGAGAGAACGUGUGUGACAAAUACACUGGUAACUGCCCAGCGUCUCAGACCUACUCUGACCAGCUCCAGAGAUGUCAGCUGACCUGUAGCUCCCUGGCCAGCAAACGGCAGGGUUGUACCAACGACUUCCUCCCCGUGGAUGGUUGCUCCUGCCCGGACGGACUCUACAUGGAUGACAGGGGCACCUGUGUACCCAUGGACAAAUGCCCCUGCUUCCACAACGGGGUCCACAUCAAGCCUGGGAAGUCCAUCAACAUUCAGGAGGAGCACUGUGUCUGCAAUAAUGGGAAGCUUCACUGCCGUUCCUGGAAAAUGCGUUCAGAGAGUACCUGCCAGUCGCCAAAGGUGUUCUUGAACUGCUCCAAUGACCUGGGAGUACAGUGUUCACGGAGCUGUAGGAACCCGGAUUUCAUGGACUGUUUCUCCGCAGAGUGUGAGUCUGGGUGCAAGUGUCCCAUGAGUCUGUGGGAGGAUGGGAAAGGUAUGUGUGUGAAAAAACAUGAAUGCCCAUGCAGCCAUGAUGGAUUCCUCUACGCCCCAGGAAAACAGAUCCCAAACGGAUGUAACACUUGCACCUGUAAGAGUGGGAAAUGGGACUGCACAGAUAAGAAGUGCCCAGGAACCUGUAGCAUCUAUGGCAGUGGCCAUUACAAAACCUUUGAUGAGCGCACGUAUGGCUUCCAAGGAAAAUGUGGCUAUGUGGCUGUCCAGAACAAAUGUGGGAACCAGCCUGGCCAGGACAAAUUCAUGGUGAUCACAGAAAACAUACCGUGUGGAACCACAGGCACCACUUGCUCCAAGUCUGUCAGGGUUCAACUGGGGAGAACAGAGCUGAAACUAUCAAAGAAGACCUAUGAAGUGGUGGACCUAGGAGUGGGCUCUCAGAUCCAGUACCGAGUGAGGACCGUCGGUCUGUACCUGAUUGUUGAGUCAGACAUUGGGAUCGCAGUGCUGUGGGACCGCAAAACUACCGUCCGCAUCAUCCUGGAGCCACAGCAUAGUGGAGCAGUGUGCGGCCUGUGUGGGAACUAUAAUGGAGACGGCAGAGAUGACUUCACCACGCAAGGUCAGCUGAUAGUCAGCAGUCCUGUGGAUUUUGCUAACAGCUGGAAAGUGUCAAGCACUUGUCCCGACGCAGAAAGCAACGUCGACCCAUGUGGAGCCAGACCCAACCGUCACAACUGGGCUAAGAUGCAGUGCAGCAUCAUCACAGGAAAGACUUUCCAAUCGUGCCACAAGAAGGUAGAUCCUACUCUGUUCUUUGAGAACUGUGUGAAAGACUCCUGUGCCUGUGAUACUGGUGGAGACUGUGAGUGUUUCUGUACAGCUGUAGCAGCCUACGCCCAGGCCUGCACUGAAGCUGGAGUCUGUGUUGCAUGGAGAACACCAGAAAUUUGUCCUGUGUUCUGUGACUACUACAACGAUCCAGGUGAAUGUGAAUGGCAUUACAGCCCUUGCCACACACCUUGCUACAAGACCUGUCUGAAUCCAAGUAUGACCUGUAACAACUCUCUUCCAAAUCUGGAAGGUUGUUACCCACAAUGCCCUCCAGAAAGACCUAUAUUUGAUGAAGAGACCGGGGAGUGUGUUGAGGAAUGUAAUAAAACAACAACACUACCACCAUCAACAACACCAUGGACACCAACAACUACCACGCUGACAACAGAACCUCCAACAACAACACCAAUACAACCAACAACAACACCACCAACAACCACACCAAUACCACCACCAACAACACCAACACCACAAACAACAACAACCACACCAAUGCCAACAACAACCACACCAACACCACCAACAACAACAACACCACAAACAACAACACCAAUGCCACCAACAACAACAACACCAAUACCACCAACAACGACCACACCAAUACCAACAACAACAACACCCCCACCAACAACAACAACACCCCCACCAACAACAACAACACCAAUAUCAACAACAACAACACCAAUGCCAACAACAACAACACCAACAACAACACCAACACCAACAACACCAAUACCACCAACAACUACAACACCAAUACCACCAACAACUACCCCCCAGACAACAGAGCCAACAACUACUCCUUGUAUUCCUACCUGUGAGUGGUCAGAAUGGUAUGAUGAAGAUGAUGAUAAAGACAAGAGUGACUGGGAAACGUAUUGGAAUAUCACACAGAGUGGAAAAGAAGUGUGUGAAGAUCCACAGGAUAUUGAAUGUGUAGCUACAGACUACCCUGAUAUGAGCUUAGAGGACUAUGUAGCUUCGACAGGACAAGUUGUGGAGUGCGAUGUUGACUUCGGUUUAAUAUGUGAAGAAAAUAAACAGACUCAGAGACCAUAUAAGUGCAAGAACUAUAAGAUUAGAGUCCUCUGUUGCGUUGAAUGUUUAUCAACAACAUCACCAAAACCAACAACAACAGCAACACCACCACCAACAACCACACCAUUACCACCAACAUCUACCACCUCAAAACCACCAACAACAACAACAUUACCACCAACAACAACCACACCAAUACCAACAACAACAACUACACCAAUACCACCAACAACAACAACACCAAAGCCAACACCACCAACAACAACAACAACCACACCAAUGCCAACAACAACCACACCAAUACCACCAACAACAACACCAAUACCACCAACAACAACAACACAAAUACCAACAACAACAACAACAACAACACCAAUACCAACAACAACCACACCAAUACCACCAACAACAACACCAAUACCAACAACAACAACCACAACAAUACCAACAACAACACCAAUACCACCAACAUCUACCACCCCAAAACCACCAACAACAACCACACCAAUGCCACCAACAACAACACCAAUAAUACCACCAACAACAACAACACCAAUACCACCACCAACAACAACACCAACACCACCACCAACAACAACCACCACACCAAUGCCAACAUCAACCACACCAAUACCACCAACAACAACCACACCAACACCACCAACACCACCAACAACAACAACCACCACACCAAUGCCAACUACAACACCAAUACCACCAACAACAACCACACCAAUACCACCAACAACAACAACACCAAUACCACCAACAACUACAACACCAAUACCACCAACAACUACAACACCAAUACCACCAACAACAACCACACCAAUACCACCACCAACAACCACACCAAUAACAACAACAACAACAACACCAAUACCACCAACAACAACAACACCAAUACCAACAACAACAACAACAACAACACCAACAACUACAACACCAAUACCACCAACAACUACAACACCAAUACCACCAACAACAACCACACCAAUACCACCAACAACAACAACACCAAUACCACCAACAACUACAACACCAAUACCACCAACAACUACAACACCAAUACCACCAACAACAACAACACCAAUACCACCACCAACAACCACACCAAUAACAACAACAACAACAACAACAACACCAAUACCACCAACAACAACCACACCAAUAACAACAACAACAACAACAACAACACCAACAACACCAAUACCACCAACAACACCAACACCAACAACACCAAUACCACCAACAACUACAACACCAAUACCACCAACAACUACCCCCCAGACAACAGAGCCAACAACUACUCCUUGUAUUCCUACCUGUGAGUGGUCAGAAUGGUAUGAUGAAGAUGAUGAUAAAGACAAGAGUGACUGGGAAACGUAUUGGAAUAUCACACAGAGUGGAAAAGAAGUGUGUGAAGAUCCACAGGAUAUUGAAUGUGUAGCUACAGACUACCCUGAUACGAGCUUAGAGGACUAUGUAGCUUCGACAGGACAAGUUGUGGAGUGCGAUGUUGACUUCGGUUUAAUAUGUGAAGAAAAUAAACAGACUCAGAGACCAUAUAAGUGCAAGAACUAUAAGAUUAGAGUCCUCUGUUGUGUUGAAUGUUUAUCAACAACAUCACCAAAACCAACAACAACACCACCACCAACAACCACACCAUUACCACCAACAUCUACCACCUCAAAACCACCAACAACAACACCAUUACCACCAACAACAACACCAAUACCAACAACAACAACUACACCAAUACCAACAACAACCACACCAAUACCAACAACAACAACGACACCAAUACCACCAACAACAACCACACCAAUACCCAACAACAACGACACCAAUACCACCAACAACAACCACACCAAUCCACCACCACCAACAACAACAACAACAACACCAGUACCACCAACAACAACAACCACACCAAUACCACCAACAACAACAAAACCAACAACAACAACACCAAUACCACCAACAACUACCACACCAAUAACAACAACAACACCAACAACACCAACACCAACAACAACAACACCAAUACCACCAACAACAACAAAACCAACAACAACCACACCAAUACCACCAACAACUACCACACCAAUACCACCAACAACAACCACACCUAAACCACCAACUACAACAGAAGCCAUAACUCUAACCACAACCCCAACGACAACAGAAGGAUCAACCACAACCCCCAGGACAUCUGAAGAAUCAACCACAACCCCAACGACAACAGAAGAAUCAACCACAACCCCCAGGACAACUGAAAAACCAACCACAACCACCCCUGUCACAGACACCACAACCACUAAAGCUCCUACAACAACACCUAAACCACCUACUACAACUGAAGCCACAACUCCAAUGACAUCCAUAUCACCAACAACCCAUGAAUCGGUUGUCACUGGUCCUCCAAUAACUGUUCCGACACCUCCAAUUACAGGAAGUGUAGUCAGUUCAAUACCAACCACAACUGGGACACCAACCCCACCACCAAUCACUUGUCCUGAGUGGGACAAAGUGCAAAAUGAGACUUUCUGGAUCUGCAACUGCACUUUGGCCAGAUGUAUUGAAAACAACACCAUUGAGAUAAUUCCAUAUGAAUGCCCAGAGCCUGAGCCAAUCACAUGUACUAAUGGCAAGAAACCAGUGCUACAGUGGGAUGAGUUCUACUGCUGCCAACACUACGUGUGUGAUUGCGUCUGUGAGGGUUGGGGAGACCCCCAUUAUAUCACCUUCGACGGGCUCUUCUACAGCUUCCAAGGGAACUGUACCUAUGUGCUGAUGGAGGAGAUGUGGCCACGUCACCACUUUAAGAUCUACAUCGACAAUGUAAACUGUGAUCCCACCGAGGAUGUGUCUUGUCCUCGAGCCAUCAUCGUGUCCUACCGCUCAACAGUUAUAACACUGAAGAAUCACAACCUCAUUGGAGCUGCUCAGUUGGAGGCUCUUAUUGAUGGAGUUUCCCUGAGACUACCCUUCACACGGCACGGUGUGAAGGUGAUGAACUCUGGUAUCAACAUGGUCUUGGAGAUAGCACAACUCCAGGUGGUAGUUACCUUUGGUGUCACUGGCUUCAGCGUCAACCUUCCUUGGCAACACUUUGGCAACAAUACACAGGGUCAUUGUGGAACAUGUAGCAACAACCAGGCUGAUGACUGCAUGUUGCCUGGAGGUCAGCUGGUGGAGAACUGUGCUGUGAUGGCAGACUACUGGCCAGCCAAGGACCUUUACCAGCCUGACUGCCAUGUGCCACCUGGAAUCCCCACCAACUCUCCUCUCCCUGAACCCACACAGAAGCCAUGCAAGCCAGACUCCUCUGUCUGUGAUCUCCUAAAGGACAGCAUUUUUGCAGCCUGUCAUCCAUUUGUCUCACCUGACAACUUCUUCAAGGGCUGUGUCUAUGACAGCUGCCACGUGUCCAACCCAGCGGUGGAGUGCACCAGUCUGCAGACAUACGCUGCUGCCUGUGCCCAGUUUGGAGUAUGCAUCUACUGGAGAAACCACACCGCCCUAUGUGCCAGCGACUGCCCAGCUGACAAAGUCUACAAGCCCUGCGGUCCUGCCGAACAGCCAACCUGUGAUGAUAAUCCAGACGAGUCUAGGAUGAACUUCACCACAGAAGGCUGCUUCUGUCCUGAUGGGAUGAAACUCUUCAACAAGGACUCAGGGAUCUGUGUUGAUAAGUGUGGAUGCAUUGACCCUGAAGGUGUUCCGCGAGAGUUCAACGAGAGGUUUGAGUACAAGUGCCAGGAUUGCGUUUGUUUGGAGUCCACCAAGACUGUGACCUGUAAACCCAAGGUCUGCUCCAAACCACCAGUAGAGAUAUGCACUGGGCCAGGCUUUGUAUAUGUCAACCAAACCGAUCCAUCGGAUCCAUGCUGCUCCAGCCUCGUCUGCCGUUGUGACAGCAGCACUUGCCCACCUACCAACAUGAACUGUCCUAUUGGGUUCGUGCCAGUGGUUUCAGUCCCUGAGGGAAAAUGCUGUCCAGAGCACACAUGUGAGCCUAAAAGAGUUUGUCUUCACAAAGGCAUUGAAUACCUGCCUAAUUCUAAAGUACCAGGAUCAGAGUGCCAGGAGUGCACCUGCACCAACAAAGUGGACCCCAAGUCUGGUCAUUACCAAAUUGACUGUGGAUUCAUGCAAUGUGACGAAGAUUGUGAAAAGGGAUAUGAGUACCAGGAGCCAGGCUAUUCUUCAGAUGACUGCUGUGGUAAAUGUGUUCAGACCCACUGUGUCCUCCAGAUCAAUGGGACCAAGCAGUUGUUGAAGCAUGGAGAUACAUGGUCAGCUCCUGGUGAUAAGUGCCAGCAGUACAGCUGUGUGAAAAAUGGUGAUAGUUAUCUGACCCAGAGCUCCAACAUCCAUUGCCCACCCUUCCAGGAGGCCAACUGCCAGCCUGGUUCAAUUCAGACCGCUGCAAACGGCUGCUGUAGAAUUUGUGUGGAGAAGGACAAGGCCUGUAAGAAAGGAUCCAUGAAGAGUUUCAUCAACCACAUGAGCUGCCAGUCUAUUGAGGAGGUGGAGAUGCCGUACUGUGAGGGAUCCUGCAACACCUUCACCAAGUACUCUGCGAUGGCUGCGUCUCUGGACCACUCGUGUGCGUGUUGCCAGGAGUCCCGGUCCAGUAACCGUACGGUGGACCUACAGUGUCUGAAUGGAGAUGUGGUGCCCUACACCUACCUACACGUGGAGGAAUGUAGCUGCAGACACAGCGACUGCCACAAAGCCAUUAGGGUGCCUGCCCGCAAGACACGCAGCAACACGCUGGUGUAAAUGGGAUCCGUACUAAUCCAGAUGGGACUAGUCCAGCACCAAUCCACUCGCUGCUUACUAAGGAACCCCCUGCUACCCUGCUUCACAUGGCUGUUAUUUAUCUAAUCGCUUGGUUUAUAUAUAACAUGUAGAUUAAAUGAUAUUUAAAACGAAGAAAUGUAGAAACUUGUGCUUACUUAUCUUAUUAAAAUGCAACCUUCAAAUA